UGAAAAGCAUUGUGGAGCGAGCCCUGAAACUGUACAGCGCUGACAGGGUUGGAUUGGUGGAUUAUGCACUGGAAUCUGCUGCCGGUGGUUCAUCCUGGGAACUGUUGGCCAUUUAAAGACUCCCAAUGCUUUGUUGUCAUCGAGCUUGCUGUCUGGAUCAGGCCUACAGCCUUUACCCUAGAGCACAUUCCAAAAUCCAUUUCUCCGAGUGGAUCAAUUAGUAGUGCCCCUCAAGACUUCUCUGUUUAUGGCUUGGAUGAUGAAAAUAAAGCCGAAGAUGUCCUAUUGGACAGUACACGUAUAAUGAGGAAGGGGAUUCAAUCCAGACGUUUGAGGUGCAGAAUAAAGAUGCUGCCGUUUACAAAUUCAUUGAACUGCGGGUGAAUAGCAAGUGGGGCCAUCCAGAAUAUACUUGCCUCUACCGGUUCCAUGUCCACGGAGAAGCAGCGAUGUGAUUCUG